AACUAUUCACCCAUGACUAUCGAUACGCAAGCAGAAGCCCAGUCCAUGAUCAACACCGCCGUGGGGCCCGUGCCGGUGCCCUUCCCCACCAUCAGCAACAACAUCAUCGACUUGUUCAUGCUCACCGGCAAGUCUGCCAUUGUUACUGGAGGGGCCAGAGGUAUCGGAUACGCCAUCAGCGAAGGUUACUGCCAGGCCAACAUCGCCAAGUUGGCCAUUGUUGACUACUCCAACCACGAGGAAAACAUCGCCAAGUUGCAGAAGACUCAUCCCAACACUCAAGUUGAGUUCUUCCAGUGUGACGUGAGAAACGCCGAACAAGUCAAGGAUGUCAUUACUCGGAUCCACGAACUCUUUGGAGUGUUGGAUAUCUUUGUGGCCAACGCCGGGAUUGCCUGGACAUCGGGGGCCAUGAUCGAGUCAGAAACAGAUGCCGAAUGGCAUAACGUCAUGAACGUCGACGUGAAUGGAGUCUACUACUGUGCCAAAAACAUCGGUAAGAUCUUCAAGCAGCAAGGCAAGGGAUCGUUGAUUUUCACAGCAUCGAUGUCGGCACACAUUGUCAAUGUUCCCAAUUACCAGGCACCUUAUAACGCUGCCAAGGCUGCUGUAUUACACUUGUCAAGGUCUUUAUCGAUCGAGUGGAUCGACUUUGCCCGUGUAAACACGGUGUCUCCGGGGUACAUGGCCACCGAGAUAUCUGAGUUUAUUCCCAAGGAGACCCGUACCCACUGGAGUCAAUUGGUUCCCAAGGGAAGAGAAGGAAUUCCUCGAGAAUUGGCGGGGGCCUACUUAUACUUGGCCAGUGAUGCAGCUAGUUACACCACCGGAGCCGACAUUCGUGUUGACGGUGCUUAUACGGUACCAUAGUUUAGAGAAUAGACCUAAUAGAUGUUUUAAGCUAC